AUGACUCACUCACAGGUGACCUGGGUUGGGAUUUUUGUAAUGGCUGAAGAAGUCAAUAAUUGUAAUACUGAAAAUACUAAUAAAGCUAAUAAUGUUGAUACUAAAUAUACUAAUGAAGCUAAUAAUAUUAAUACUGAAUAUACAGUAUAA